GAUUGAAAUCACCCUUUGGUUGGGUGUAUCGAAAAGCAAUAGAAUAAAAUCAUGAAAAUGCACCAACACAACACUUGACUCUUUUGAAAUUGGGUUGGUGAACAAACAAGCGAGAACGUGUUCCUUUUGAUUUGACUCCCACUUAUAAGAACAAGACACACGCGGAACAUGGCCUACACUUACACCCACUCCACCUUGCGUCUCAACACUCCGCAAACCCCAUCGGUAUCUCUUUCAAACACAAACUCACAUCAAUCUUCCACUCGAUUCUCCUUUAAACCCCUCAGAUUCAAAGGGCUCAGCACCAAAUCCAGCAAGAGAUUUAUCUGCGAGGCUGUGAAAUCUUCAAUGGCGGUUGAAGUUGAGGUAUUCGAGAAAGAGGCACUAGCUGUUUCUCUGGCUAAAUACGUCGCUGAUCUCUCCAAUAAGUUUACUCAACAAAGAGGGGCUUUCACUGUUUGCUUGUCUGGUGGCUCUUUGAUCAAUUAUCUUCAGAAAUUGUUGGAGCCUCCGUAUGUUGAUUCUAUUGAAUGGGGUAAAUGGCAUGUGUUUUGGGUGGAUGAGAGAGUUGUACCAAAGGAUCAUGAAGAUAGUAACUAUAAGCUUGCUUUUGAUGGCUUUCUCUCCAAGGUCCCCAUUCCACCCGGCAAUGUUUAUGCAAUCAAUGACGCCCUUUCAGCUGAAGGAGCAGCUGAUGAUUACGAGACAUGUGUCAAACACUUGGUCAAUAGCAAUGUGAUAACAUCAUCAUCAACCAGUGGAUUUCCAAAAUUUGAUCUCAUGUUGCUUGGCAUGGGCCCUGAUGGGCACGUUGCUUCUUUGUUCCCAGGGCACCCUCUUGUGCAUGAGAAUAAGAAAUGGGUUACCUCCAUUACCGACUCCCCAAAACCACCACCAGAGAGAAUAACAUUUACCUUUCCCGUGAUCAACGCUUCCGCGUACAUCGCACUUGUGGUGACUGGUACCGGGAAAGCAGAUGCAGUUCACUCUGCGCUGCGUGGUUCUGAAACGGCUGAUAAUAAGCUUCCUGCUGCAUUGGUUUCACCUGAAGGGGAGUUGAAAUGGUUCUUAGACCAAGGUGCAGCAUCAAAGCUGUAGAUCCCAAAGCUGAGCCAGUUAAGUUUAUUUUUGCAAUAAGGAGUUUGUGUAAUAGAUCAGACAUAACUAGUACUGAAUCUCCCAUAUCUCAACUCAAGUGAUACUAGUUAACACUGUAGAGUGGAGAGAGGUCUUUGUAGCAAUAAGAGGAUAAAGUAAUGAAAGAGUGCAAUGUGAAGUUGUUAUUUUGGUUCAAAAUUUCCAUUAAUGGGAAGUAACAUACCCUCCUCCUCA